GCAGGCUCAGUGCCAGAGGGAGAGCGGAGUAUGUAACAGAUAGCAAGCGAAAAGACGCAUUGGAGUGGUGCGCUCAGUCACAGUAUGCAACUUCACAGCAAGAGAAACUUCUUAAAAUAUGUCUUUUUUUUGUGCCUUAAUUCACCGGAGCAUUUUAUGUAUGGCAUUUUGAUUAAGUAAUUUUUUCCUCUGCUAUUGGCUUGUGCGGUGAAGAAAUAUUUAAGACUUGCACAUUCCAUGCCUAAGAGAAACUCGAACGCAAACCUCAGUUGAAAAUAGUAAACAAGCAAACUGGAAGAACAACUAAGCAAGAUUUCCUAUUUUGUUCUUUGCAUCUGGAAAACGUUGCAGGAUGCUAGAGAAGCGGCUCUUCCCACAGUCCCCUGGCAUGGAGGAAUGACAUGUGGUCCCUGAAAAGCUGAAGUUUGGCAGCACUUUGCUAAUCUAAUGGUACAUCAUGGAGCUGAAAGUAUGGGUAGAUGGGGUCCAGAGAAUCGUCUGUGGAGUAACUGAAGCCACAACCUGCCAGGAGGUGGUGAUUGCGCUUGCUCAAGCUAUUGGUCGGACUGGAAGAUACACACUGAUAGAGAAAUGGAGGGACACAGAGAGACACUUGGCCCCACAUGAGAACCCCAUCAUCUCCCUGAAUAAAUGGGGCCAGUACGCCAGCGACGUGCAGCUAAUCCUAAAGCGAACUGGACCUUCCCUGAGUGAGAGGCCUACUUCUGACAGCAUGGCACGCAUACCGGAGAGGACUUUGUACAGACAGAGCCUCCCACCCUUAGCCAAACUCAGGCCUCAGAACGACAAGUCACUCAAAAGGAAGGAGCCCAAACGGAAAUCGUUAACUUUUACUGGAGGUGCCAAAGGACUGAUGGACAUAUUUGGAAAGAGCAGAGACACAGAGAUGAAGCAGAGAGUGUUGAACAAUAACUCCUCCAAGGUCGGAACCGAGGAGCUGAGCAAGCUGGUUCUUCUCCAAAGGGAGAAGCUGCAGGCCCUGGAGAGACAACUGGAGAGCCAUGAGGUGGAGCUACGUUUAUGGGCAGAGAGGAAUAACAAUGGGCUAGAGGAGGAGAUCAUGAGGCUGGAGAAGAGGGUAAAGAAGAACGAGGUGCAGAUCGUAGAAGAGGAAUUCUGGCAGAACGAGCUGCAGAUAGAGCAGGAAAAUGAGAAGCAGCUGAAGGAACAGCUGCAGGAGUUGAAACAGAGGAUCCAGGAGUGCGAGGACAAGCUUCGGGAGUACAUGGCCAAGAUGCAGAGCAUAGAGGCGGGCAUCGAGGCCGAGAAGCUCCAGCAGGAAAUACAGGUGACUCAGCAGGUCAAUGAGGAGGAAGUAAAGGCCAAGAUUCUCAAAGUCAAAGGAGAACUUGAUAUCCAGGGCCAGAACACUGCCAGGCUGGAGAAUGGCUGCAGGGCUGUUGAGAGGUCUUUGGGUCAGGCUGCCAAAAGAUUGCAGGAGAAAGAACAGGAACUGGAACAGCUCACCAAGGAGCUGAGGCAAGUGAACCUACAGCAGUUCAUCCAGCAGACAGGAACCAAGGUGACAGUGCUGCCAGCAGAGUCCACUGAGGACGAGCCUGCCCCGCUAGAGAACGAGUCAACAGCCCAGACCAACUCCUUGAAACGCCCAAGCUCAUCGCGACAACUACCCAGUAACCUGCGGAUUCUACAGAACCCACUUUCCUCUGGUUUCAACCCUGAGGGCAUCUAUGUAUAAUUAAUAUAUGUACCUCCAAUUGGGACUUUAACAAUAAUAUUCAAAGGCACCACAUCACUUUCUUCCAUUGCUGCAUGACUCUGCUCUGAAGUAGCCAGUGUGUUACUGUGUAUUACAGAAGUCUGUACCAGUUGAGUCGUAACGUGUUGCGCUGAAGCUAGAGAAAAACUAAACAUCUCUCCCUGGAGUUCCAAUUAACAUACAGUGCUAAUGAGCUUUCCAAGGGACAAAGCAGUGUUAGCCUAUUGACAGCCAGUGAUGCAACCAAAACACGCAUUAAUGGAAUGUAAUUGAUUUGUACAGGAAGCAGAAAAUACAGCUGAGUGCCUAUUUUUUUUUCUGUUUUGUUUUGUGUUGAGCAUGGCAAUUACAUGUCAAUUAGUGAAGGCAGAAGUUUUCAAACAAUUAAAUAUCUGAUGUUUGCGCAGUAGUGAAACAUGGAAAUGGGGGGUUGAUUCAGCUGCAGUUGAAACUUUAAUUUUAACCAAAUCUGAUGACGUUGUGGCCGAUAAGUAUCAAAGUUGGUUUAUGGACAGGAAAAGGGUGUUUUUGACACUAUCUGAUUUGUGUUAAACUGAAAAGCCUUAUGUAGUGGUUUUUUUUUUUUUUUUAAGCUUGGCCUGCCAUAAAUUCAAAAUUUACUUUGUGACAUCCUUUUAAAAAAUAAAUAAAUAAAUAAACCAUUAACAAGCAUAAAGAAUAAUAGAUGUGAACAACUAUAACAUGGAUAAGCAGGCCUGCCCAUUCAAAUAACUCAACUUUUGAAGCUGUAGUAUAUCGAUCAACAGAUGCCAGGCUAAUCCUCUGCUUGUGUAUCUUAGAUCAGUUGUUCUCAAACUUUUUGGACCAUGCCCCCCCCCCCCUUUCCCCUUCCUCUUAUCUGUGUUUUUGGAGGGGGUUGUUUUUGUGCACAAACCAGCCACCUAUCCAUCUUAAGAGCAAACUUAGCACUGCAAAUAAUAGUUUACAGAUUGUGUCCAACUCUUACUAAUAUGCACACCACAUAGUAUGCCAAAAAACAACGUACAUCACUAGAUGGCAGCAGACUACAGCCAAUAAUAUGCAAGCUUAAAUAAAAGGUAGCAGCCAGAUGCAAAGUGCUGUCUAGAAACUCUGAUAUGCCAGGAGUUUAGAGGUAAGAUUUGCUUCAACAAAUAAUUAUAUGUUU